GGGCCGAGUCGGGCCGGACCGGACGCGGCGGGCGGGGCGGUCAGAGUUGGUGCGGGCUCGCCUUCCGCCUCAGUACAGCUGGGCGGCCGCGGUUGGGCCCGUGCCGGGGCUGGCUGUCAUACCGCUGUCGCUGUUCGUCUGCGUAAUCCCCGGUGCGGAGCGCGGCCUUUCCCUUCCCCUCAGGCCCAGCGGCGACGAUGGGCUCCCGGGCAUCCACGCUGCUGCGGGACGAGGAGAUCGAGGAGAUCAAGAAGGAGACGGGCUUCUCCCACAGUCAAAUCACCCGCUUGUACAGUCGUUUCACCAGCCUCGACAAAGGAGAAAAUGGCACUCUUAGUCGUGAAGACUUCCAGCGGAUUCCAGAGCUUGCCAUCAAUCCACUGGGAGACAGAAUUAUCAAUGCCUUCUUUCCAGAAGGAGAGGACCAGGUGAACUUCCGUGGAUUCAUGAGGACACUGGCCCACUUCCGACCCAUCGAAGACAACGAAAAGAGCAAAGACCAGAACGGACCAGAACCACUGAACAGCAGAAGUAACAAGCUCCACUUUGCUUUUCGGUUAUAUGAUCUAGAUAAAGAUGACAAGAUAUCCAGGGAUGAACUUCUUCAGGUAUUACGGAUGAUGGUUGGUGUCAACAUUUCAGAUGAGCAGCUGGGCAGCAUUGCUGACAGGACAAUCCAGGAAGCUGAUCAGGAUGGAGACAGUGCCAUCUCCUUUGCAGAGUUUGUAAAGGUUUUGGAGAAGGUGGAUGUAGAGCAGAAAAUGAGCAUUCGAUUUCUUCACUGAUGGAUGGAGAACCUGUUCCUUUCUACCCCUACUGUGUAAUGAAUAGAACUUAAUUUUCUCCUUAGCACCUUCCCCCAGAGCAUUGCUACUGGUGUAUAUACAGUACAUCUGCAACCCCUCCCCAGUUUGUUCUACCAACGUGAACAUUCCCUGUGCAUCAGGAACAAGGGGAAGUGGCUGCCCUGCAACUUGGAAAGGAGCAUUUUUUUAAAAAGAAAUUUUUCCUUCCAUUUUUUUACCCUUUACUCCCUUGUCUCCUCCUGCACUACUGUUCCAGCAAAAAAAUGGCUCUCCUCAUGUACUGCUGUGUAACCUACAAACUGAUUCUUCUGAGCUCUGAACCUGAGAAUGGAGAAGCGGGCGCACGGCCCAGAAGCGCCCUCUGAAACACUUUGGAGACAAGCAUCUGCUCAAACACUAGCUGCAGUGAUAAUGGUGUGCUUUUGCUUCCAGUAGCACCACCACAUUACAGAUGCCUUUUUCCCCAUUUGGCUUGUUACAUGUGGAUUUGUUUCUUUGCCUCUUCCAAAUCUGCCUUGUGCUUGGAGAUCUCUGGAGUUCCCAAGGCUUCCUUGUACAACCAGCACUGAAUGCAUGAUGAUAGCCUAGAGUUCUGUGGUCCUGUGGAUAGAUUUUGUUCUUUGUGGAAUGAGUUGACAGGGACAACAGGAGAAUCUGUGGUGGAUACAGGCUGUGGUGUCCUCAAAAGGAAGAGGAAUUCUGCACUAAGUCACUUGUAUCGUUCCAGUAGCAAGUGCAGAAGCUUGUUUCUUUCCUUUGGCCACGCAAUGCCCUCUCCAGGUUGCUUUGCUCUAGGAUUACCCCCCUCCAUCAGGGUGGGGUUUGCCUCUGAAAGUGUAAACGUGUGCAUCAGUGUACGUAAUGCAAGAGAACUAGUCAUGCCCAAAUCUGGAUUUGGAGCUCUCUCACUGCCCUCUGGUAAUAGUGUUAGAAAACAUAGUCUUGAUGGAGUUUUUUCCCUUCAGUUAUGAUAACCAGUACUUAUUUCAUUGUUCCAGUAUGGAAGUGCUGGCCUUGUUAGGUUUGUUUUGAGGGUGGUAGCUGUAUUUAUGAAAGCUGUGGCUUAAGAAUAGAAUGAGGGGGGAGGGAAGUACAUGUUACCCCAAAUAUUUCUGACUAUAUUUCUAUGCAAGUACCUUUGCAAAUGUAAGAUGAUUGAAACCAUCAAUAUAAUGCUGGUGAAUACAAGACAUCCAUGCUUUUGGAGGUUCAUAAUAACAUUAUCUUCUGUGGCUAGAUUGGCAAAUAAUCUCACCUAGUUCAGCUGGGCCAGCCUGGGAGGUCCUUACAGUAAAAGCAAAAGACCCUGUGGGCUUCUUUAUUGAAGGAUCAGUGCUUCUCCAGAUCACACGGGAACAUCUCUAGAAAUAUUUGCCCCCUUCAGAUCACUCAGAUUCGCAUUUCUUUUUUCCUUAGUUCCUUCAACCAUCACUCGUGUUUAAAGAAUAACACGUGAGUCUCCGAAGGAUUCCUUUGAGUCGGUUUUCAGUUAAGGCAUUGCAAAGUGCAAUGUUGCACUUCAUUGUUCUGCAGAGUGUGGCACAAUUCCAGAAAGAAAUGGGAAUUAAGAACCUGUGCUCUGUAGGAGAAGGAAAGGUUACAGUUUUAUGAGCCUGCCAUGUGAAAUGGGAAUGUAACAAUGUUAACUGGUUGAAAAGUGGAAGAAAAAAGUGUCUGUAGGCUUUGUGAUUUGCUUAUAAGUAGGUGUUGCUUUCUUCUGGCUAUAUAGCUGUAACCCACAGUUGUGCCUUAUUGUCCCAGUGAGACUGGAUAUUGUAUUUAUCAAUCCAUAAAUAAACCUUCCACUGGAUAAAAAAAACACACCACAACAACCCCAAA